AUGAUGAAGAUUGCUGAAGACGAUCAAGGAACAACUUUGGACACCCCGAUGAUAUUGAAUAGUACAGUGUCAGUGCAGUUUGUAGAGGAAAAAUUUAUGAGAAUGUUGAAUACAACAUCAAGAUUUGGUGAAAACGUAGAAGUGACAACUCUUGGCGUUGGCGAAGGGUUUUUGUCAAUUGUCGCUCGUUUGAGACCAAAUUGGAUUCCACAAGAAGAAAACCUUCCGCAGUCAUUCAUCGUCAAAAUUCCCUCAGUUACUGCUUGUGAAAAACUGAUUAGAGGGAAUAAUUUGAUGAAGGCGUAUGACGAAGAAAACAUUUCUUUAGACAGUAUAAUAACCUGGUUGAAUUCGUUUAUUCAUGAGGCUCACAAUGCUGAAGUUGCAUUUUACAAAAUGGUGCAAGAGUGUAAAAUCGCAAUAAGCGUGCCAAAAAUGUAUUUUGGUGAAUCGUUCACAGAUGCAAGUUCUCAGGGUUUGCUAGCAUUUGAAGAUGUGGGAGACAAGGCAGCAACCAUUCCAAUAUACCAAACGCUUACCAUCGAUGAAGUAAAACAGGUUUUAAGCGAGAUAGCAGUGCUUCAUGCUUAUUCAAUGAGAAAUCCGAAUUGCUUCUGUUUGGGAAACCUUUCAGUUGCUGAAGUGAUUUUGCACUUAGCACCCACUGUGGGCUAUGUAGAGCAGCUGAAAUUAUUCAGACGUUCAAACAUUGAAACUGUUGCACCGAUAUGCGAUGAACUUCUUGACUAUUACGAAGAUGUAUGGAAUCCAGAACUGAUGAAGACAGUUCAUAUUGACUACGGAAUACCGCCUGUAUUGGUUCAUGGCGAUCUAUGGGUUUCAAACGUUCUUUGGAUUGAAGAGCAAAACCACCGAAGAAUGGUUUCUAUAAUUGACUGGCAGUUUAUUCAUCCUGGUUGCGGAGUCGAAGACGUAGCUCGAUUUAUUGGCGGGGCUAUGAGCGCAAAGGAACGUAGAAGCAGUUUGGAAAUUCUGCUACUGUUUUAUUAUCAAGAAUUGGAAAAAAAUUUUGGUCAAGCUUUACCAUUUCUUUUCGGGGAUCUAAAAGAGGCAUUUGAAAGAAUAUAUGCAUUUUCGCUGUUCCUCUACACAACGCAGAUUGGAACGUUCACUCAGAUGCAGGUGAACAAAGCCAGUCCUGUUCAGAGAAAGAAAUACAUCGAAAAUAUCACUGAGAAAGCCAUCGGUUUAGUCGAGGAUAUUCUUCAUUAUGCUAAAAAGAACAGAGAGUGGCGUCUGAAGAAUCGAAUAUAA